CGCCGCGGACUCCAGUGAGAAUGGUGCUUGCCCAAGAGCGGCCCUGGGCGAGCAGGGACUCCCCAGCUCCUUGGAUCAAGGAUGCGCGCCGCGCGCCGAGGUGACGUCACCGCCGCGGCCAGCGCCGAGCCAGUACCUGCGGCGGAGCGCGCAGUCGCCGCCCAGUCGACCACUGGAGGCGGUCAGCUGCGCACUGCCGGAUCCUCGCGCCCGCUCAGACAUGAACAUGCUCGCUCUGGUGUUGCUGGCGGUGCUGGCCGGCGGCUCCUGUCGUCCGGAGACCGGCGACCUGGACUCCCUGCUGGACAACUACAAGGCCACGCUGGACAGCUCGCCCAGGACGGAGGCGGGCAGCACGGCCCCCGGCGCCUACAACCCGCUGGACUGCGAGUGCGUGCCCUACUACCUGUGCCUCAACAACUCCAUCAUCACGGACGGAGUGGGCCUCAUCGACAUCAGGAUCAAGGAGGGCCCGUGCGACAACUACCUGGACGUGUGCUGCCAGAAGCCCGACACGCUGACGGCGCCCAUCACGCCCAGGCCGCACGCGCGGGCCGGCUGCGGCGCGCGCAACCCCGACGGCGUGGGCUUCCGCAUCACCGGCCACGGCGACGGCGAGGCGCAGUUCGGCGAGUUCCCCUGGAUGGUGGCCGUGCUGCGAGAGGAGGCCGUGGGCGGCGACGGCGGCGCGCACAACCUCAACGUGUACCAGUGCGGCGGCUCGCUCGUGCACCCGCAGGUCGUGCUCACGGCCGCGCACUGCGUCGCCGGGAAGGAGUCGAAGCACCUGAAGAUCCGCGCCGGCGAGUGGGACACGCAGACCAAGAACGAGCUGUUCCCGCACCAGGACCGCGACGUGGAAAAGGUGAUAGUGCACGACAAGUUCUACCCCGGAGCGCUGUACAACGACGUGGCGCUCUUGCUGCUGUCGAAGCCCGUGGACAUCGCCGAGAACGUGGACGUGGUCUGCCUGCCGCAGCAGGACGAGCCCAUGGACGGGAGGCGCUGCUUCGCCAGCGGCUGGGGCAAGGACGUGUUCGGUAAAGAAGGUCGGUACCAGGUCAUACUGAAGAAAGUAGAGCUGCCAGUGGUGCCCAUUGACAAGUGCGUAGAAUCAUUGCGCAAGACUCGUCUUGGCCCGUACUUCAAGCUCCACGAAAGUUUCAUCUGUGCUGGCGGCGAAGUUGGGAAAGACACUUGCAAGGGAGACGGCGGCAGCCCGCUGGUGUGCCCCACGCGGGGGAACCCCCUGCAGUACGUGCAGUCGGGCAUCGUGGCCUGGGGCAUCGGCUGCGGCGAGGACCAGACCCCCGGAGUCUACGUGAACGUGGCGCACUUCCGCAACUGGAUCGACGAGCAGCUCGUCUACAACAACCUCGACAUCAGCGGCUACAAGUACUGAGCGCUCCUGCGCAGCUUCCCGCCGCACCAACCUGUACUAACUACCUAUUUAAUGUGUUUUAAUAAAUUAAAGGCAUUUUUAUACUAA